AGUUUAGGUGAUUAGUUAACGGAAUUAGUUUAGAUGAUUAGUUUAGAAAAUUAUUUUAAACAAUUCGUUUAGGAUAUAUAUUAAUUUAAUUUUUUUAAAUUUUCUAGAUGGCUCCUAGACCGAGACCAGCAGCUCCUGCACCUACGUAUGCGGAUUUGUUUGGCGAUGGAUCUUCCUCUAGCGGUCCAUCGUCUUCUUCCGGGACAGUUCCAGACUCUCACACAUCUCGGAGAGUUCCUUCGACCCCUCCUCCUCUUCCAUCUCAGAUGCCUCCCCCACGAGCUCCACCUGUCGCCCCGGAUCAGCCUGCCCCACCGGCUGCAGUUCAUCCCGAUUUGCGGGUGCCAGCUCAUGCACCAUUCGCAAGAUACACCGUCGAGGAUUUGCUUGCCCAGCCCGGACGAGAGGGUUUACACGUUCUGGACCCCGAUAGACCCCCGGGUACUUAUUGGUUUGGGGCUAACAACCGUGUUAGCCGGAGCGUUUCAGAGACGAUGAAGGGAUAUUAUGACGGCCCUUAUCCCAACUGGACCAUGACUCCCGAUCACGUCAAGACGACGUGGUUUAAAUGUUUUGCGGUAAUUAUAUUUACAUAUUAUUAAUAUUUAUAUUGUUAAUUAAAUAAUUAUUUUUUUUUUUCUAAUCUUUUAAAAUGUUUGUUUUUUCAGCAAAGGUGGAACUGGUCCGUAGGAAUCACCGAGAGGGUGAAGAGCGAAUUUAUUGCAAAGGCGAAAACUCGUCUUUGCAACACCGUCUCCGAUUGGAAGGACAAGUGGGAGAUUUACGGCUAUGAGGGGAAGCCGAGCGGGGUCACAAAGGAAGCAUGGGAUGGCCUCAUCACCUAUUGGAACGAACCCAGCUCCAUCCGCAAAGCCAACUCCUGCUCCGCUUCCCGAAGA